CCAGCCACCGCAAAUCUCGCAGCCACCGCCGUCCUCCUCUCGCUCUCCCAUCGUACAUAUCUUCUCCUUGUCCCGCAGGCUGACCUUGCUUAGGCGACGAAAAUGGCCCCGAAACACCAACACAUGACUUACAACGACGUACACCACCUCAUCCGCGACUCGGCGGAGAAGAUCAAGGAGUUCCGCCCAGACAUGCUCAUUGCUAUCGGUGGGUGGUGGUCACGUACGUUCCUCAAAGACGUCGACACAGAACGUAACAUCCCUAUCCACGCGAUCGGCCUCUCGCUGUACGAGUCCCUUCCGGGAACGACGGCAGAGCAGAUCGGCAGGGAGGUCAUCCGGACGCAAUGGCUAGGGCCGGAAUCUGGCAAGAUCCUCCUUGGCAGGCGUGCUCUGAUUGUGGACGAGGUCGAUGACUCGCGCAAGACGCUCCAAUACGCCGUGUCGGAGCUGCAGAAGGACGUCGAGCGCGAGCUGCUCGCGCUUCCUGAAGCGGAGCGGAAUGCGAAGCGGACGCACUUCGCCGUCUUCGUCGUGCACAACAAGCUGAACCGAAGCUGGGCUCGCUGCCCCAGAUAUCCCGUGAGCUCAAACUCUAUUUCCAUCAUCUGCGUGCCCUGAGUACUAUCCGGGCGCCGAGACGGCGGACGUAUGGUGAGCAGCGCAUUAGUUGUGGAUGCGCGUCCUUCGCGAGGCUGAACGAAUAUGUGUGCGCGGAUAGGCUGGACUACCCGUGGGAAGCUGUGUAAGUAGUGCGAUGCUCAUUGGCCAGCAGCCGUAGACCUUGCUGACGGACGUGCGUGACCAGUGAUAUCGACGAGCACGACCGCCUCGCCGCCGCCGAGCGCGAGCACGAAAAGCAGCAGGCCGCGUAGGGCGAGUCGCGGGGCGC